AUGCCGCGCUCUUUCCUCGUCAGGAAGCUCCCUGACCCUGAUUGGAAGCCCAACUACAGCAAACUGCCGGACUCGAAUCCAGAGUUUACCUUCCAGCAGACCUACCACCAGGCCCACCUUAACCCCACUGCUUCGCUGCCAACACUCAUCUGGGACGCUUUCCUGGCGCUCCAAGCACAACCAACUGCCAGGGCCUCCUUCCAACUGAGACUCUCCCAAGACAGUCCCAAGGCGGCAGAACUGACCGCACUGUCGGAUGAGGACAGCGGGAAAGGCUCCCAGUCCCCCAGCCCACGCUCACAGCCUUCUUCGUCUUUCUCCUCCACUUCAGUGUCUUCCUUGGAGGCGGAGGCCGAUACCACCUUCCCAGGCUUGGGCCAAGUGCCCAGGCAGCUGGCCCAGGUCUCUGAGUCCAAGGAUUCCCAGUUUCAGAAAGCCUUCAACUGCCAAUACUGCGAUAAGGAAUGCCUCAGCCUGGGUGACCUCAAGAGACACAUCCGAAGCCACACGCUGCCUUUCUGCUGCGAAACCUGCGGGAAGGCCUUCUCCAGACCCUGGCUACUGCGGGGCCAUGUCCGGACCCACACUGGUGAGAAGCCCUUCUCCUGUCCCCACUGCAGCCGUGCCUUCGCCGACCGCUCCAACCUGCGGGCCCACCUCCAGACCCACUUGGACGUCAAGAAGUACCAGUGCCAGGCGUGCGCUCGAACCUUCUCCCGAAUGGCCCUGCUCCACAAGCACCAAGAGUCGAGCUGCUCAGGGGGCCCUCACUGA